GUGGUAUACACAGAGAAUUUGACAAAAUGCAGUCGGCAGGAAAAAUUGCCUUUUCAAUGUGCGUGUUGAUUUCUGCGGUGGCUACGGCAUCCACAGGCAGUGCGAAACUACGUCGCGACGGCGUCUUGAACCUAUAUCCCUUCCCGAGGGUUGGCCGUGCACACGACACCUGGCAGGUGCCGAUCAACGACGACUCUUUGGACGUGGACUUUGCCUCCAAGCGCCAAUUGUACGUGUUCCCGCGCGUCGGUCGCUCCGAAUACGGCGGCCGACCCGAUCUGAACGGGCUGAAUCUUCGCUUGGCGGAGAUCCUCUUGGGGCAGCCGCGAAGCCACGAAUACGUGAAGAGAGAGAGCGAGAGCAACGGAAUGUGGUUUGGACCCCGCGUGGGCAGGUCCUUCAGUUACAACGAUGACAAUGGCCGGUUUGAAGAAAAUGGCCGAGGCGCCCCCGAAGAAAUUGAAACCGAGCAUGUUGACAGAGAGAAGAGGCAGACGAAGCUAGCC